AUGCCGGCCAAAAUGCCUGUCAAUUACCCCUCAGAUGUGGACAGUCUCGACUUGCGAGACGCCAACACUGAGUCUGGCUAUGUCAGUGGUGGCUCAAGUGAUGACUAUAUCCCUGAGAUUGUCUUCACCAAGCCUCACCUCCAGUUCCUUAACCGCCAGCUGCAAUUCCUCGAGCCUCAAGAUAUCUUGAGAUGGUGCAUCACCUCGCUCCCUCACCUCUUCCAAACCACUGCCUUCGGGCUGACGGGGCUGGUCACGCUGGACAUGCUAUCCAAGCUGGAGGUGCCGCGGCCACAGAUGGUCGACCUCGUCUUUCUGGACACGCUGCACCACUUCUCUGAGACUCUGUCUCUCGUUGACCGCGUGCGGGAGCGUUACCCCAACAACAACGUGCACGUGUUCAAGCCCGCUGGCGCCCACACUGCCGCGGAAUUUGAGGCCAAGUACGGCUCCCGCCUCUGGGAGGUCGACGACCAGCUCUACGACUGGGUGGCCAAGGUCGAGCCCGCCCAGCGUGCCUACCGGGAACUCAAUGUCCACGCCGUCCUCACGGGUCGCCGCCGCAGUCAGGGUGGCAAGCGUGGUGACCUCGACAUCAUCGAAGUCGACGAGGCCGGCCUCAUCAAGAUCAACCCCUUGGCCAACUGGUCCUUCGACCAGGUCAAGAAGUACGUCAAGGAGAACAACGUGCCCUACAACGAGCUCCUCGACCGCGGCUACAAGAGCAUCGGUGACUGGCACUCGACCCAGCCUGUCUCUGACAACGAGGACGAGCGCUCAGGCCGCUGGAAGGGCCAGCAGAAGACCGAGUGCGGCAUCCACAACCCCCGCUCCAAGUACGCCCAAUUCCUGAUGGAGAUGGAACGCAAGCGCCAGGAGGAGACUCUGACGCAGGCAUUGCAGACGCAGUUGUCCGCUGCCGCUCAGUGA